UUUUUUCGAGUCUUUCGCCGCGUUGUUUACUUGCGAAAUAGAAGACUACCGUUAAAAUGGGGUAAAUCUUCGGUUUUGUAUCUCUGCAUACAAAAGUGCGCUCAGAAAAUGCCUCCGAUAAAGAAGAAGAAAAGAACGAAAGUUGAUAGAAACUUCGGAGAACAAGGUACGGUGAGGAAAUUUAUUUUAUAGAAACAAUUAAUGAAAGUUUCAGGACUUAACUCAAGCUUGCUGAAGUACACAAACUAUAAAAAUCAAACUUUUGAAAUUGUUUACAGCUUAAAACAGUUUUACAACUUAACAGCGUUACAGUGAAGCCAUAGACUAGAAAGGGUAAAAAUUUUGCACAACUCCAUGCUUUUAUCAUACGUACAUUGAUCUGUCUAUUCAAAUAAAGCCUGUGUGCAUGUAUGUCUUUGUCCUUUUACUCCGUGCAGGUUCAUGAAUUUAUUGUGCAGCAAUUUCAUACUAUUUCACACAAAUAUUUUUAAACUACACAAAAUACACAUGUAUGCAUAUAAAUGUUGCAGUUAAUUUUUCAUUUCAGGUACUUUUUGUUUUUCCUUUGUUUCAAAUUCAUUAGCAUACAUUACCAUAUCCAAAAGCAAUGGAAAAAUAAAAAUUAACUGAGAUAAAAAACAUAAAUAAAUGUAUGGAGCUGUACAGAAAUCUUACAAGUAUCCAGUUUCAACAUACUGUCCAUUAUAAGUAACACCUGAUUUAAACAAUUGGAGAGUGACAUUUAUCAUGUAUCAAUCUAUUUUAUUUGAUUUCUUCUCAUACUCCCUAACCACGAAGAUGUUGUAGUUAAUUUUUUAUCUCAGGUAAUUUUUCUUUUUCUUUUGUUUUUUGGUAUGUUAAUGUUGCUAAUGGCAUUGAAACAAAAGAAAAAUAAAAUCUACCUGAGAUAAAAAAUUAACCACAACAUAGGUAUUAUAUUGUCAGUCUUAAACUCAAAGACAGAUAAUGCGUUAAGUCAAGUUAUCUAUUGAAGCCGUGUUAGAGUAAAAUUCUGACAAGCAACAUGGCUUUGAAACGGCAACAUGAGACAAAAUGAAAUGGUGAUAGUAAUAAUAAUUAACAUAAUAAUAAUAAUAAUAAUUUAAUAAUUUAUAGCUCCCAAAUAUCUAUAUGAAUAUAAUCAAAUGACAUAAAGAUGGGUUGAAUACCAACAGGAACAUGGCCUAAUCCUCAACACCCGAAAGGAUUGUAUUUGAAAUAAAGACUACAAUCGGCGACAAAAUUGUUGAGACAUUGUACUUAACUAGGGUAACUCCAGAGAACAAAAGAAUCUGCACCCCUCCCCUGUCUCCUCCAACUGGGCUUUUUUACAUUUUAUUAACUUCAAAAGGAGGAAAUAUUGCUUUCCUCCCCCAUCCCCUCCGUGCAAUGUUGUGCCCUUGUUCUAGCUACCUAUAGAAAACAACAAACACCCCAACUUUGAAUGGAGGGGACAGGGGAGGGGUAGUGUUAAUCAAACUAAAGAGCAUAGUCAAACUUAAUACUGCACAAACUAGAAGAUGCAUAAAAACAUCAAACUCAUGCACCAAACUCCUACUUUAAAUUAUCACUGAUCUAGUACAAAAAUAGCCAAGAUCACAUACAGGUAUUUUUUUAUUUAUGAUCUGACAUAGCCUGUGCUGUAGACAAAACUAAACUCUGGUUAAGUCGGUCAGUGAAACAGCGCCAAAUCCUUGUUCUGGGUCCCCACCUUUGUACCAAGAUUUGAGUACGCACCAUGAUUAGCUUGUUUAAACAGCCUUUGUUGAUUUGCCAAAAAGGUUAAAGGAAAUUCAAGAUAAUUCAUUGAGUCCUGUUGGAGGCCCAAAACAAGGCUAUUGGCGCUGCUUUGCAGUCGUUACUCACCUAGGUUAAAUUUCAUCUGUGGUGUUGGCUAGAUGUGACAUUGUCUUACAUUCUACCUACAGAAGAAACCGAGUCUUCUGAGUCAGGAAAGCUAAGUGAAACCAAUGAAGUUGUCAAGCACUUGUCAAGAACAAGAUUAGUAAGUUCACUCCACAGUAGACUUCUGGACGUGUUAAAACACUCCAUGAUUAAAAUAUUUUUUGUCUGAAACACUCAUUAGCCACCAUCCUAGUGCCCAAGAGUGGUAGAUAUUAGCUUGCCUGCCUAACAUCUUAAUUAUGCAGUUUUGUCAGGACAGUACUGUACUUCUGACCUUCACCAUGCCCAAAGCAUGAAAGUAUUUCAACUAUUUUCAAGUUUCUUUGACUUCCCUUGCCUGUUUGUGUUAACAGUCACUGUAAGUUACUCAUAGUAUGUUUGUUUGCCUCAUAACUGUGUCCUUCAUACUUUUAAACUGUGCCAUAUACAUUGUAGGUCUUGAGACAGAUAUUAUAUAGAUUAGUAGGAAGCAUCAAAAGCUGGAAAAUUAGUAAAAAGGUCAAGACAGAAAAUAUGACCCCUUGAUACCAGUCCAGUUUCAAACAGUACUGUAAUGCUGUCCUUUAAUUAGGUGAAAAGAAAAUCCUUACAUGAUUCUGAAGGGGGAUGACUGUCUGAAAUUCAGCUGUAGUAGUAUAUGGUUAUCAAAAAUAGUACCUGUGACCAGCGAUGUUGCCUUUUACUUUCAUGAUCAGAACACUUUGUUUACCCUCAAAAAUCCAGUUGUGGAACACUUCAUGUUGAAAACCCUUGCAGGACAAUAAUAAUUAUUACGUUACUCAGUACAACUAGUAAUUGAAGAAGUGGUUUUGUCAUAAUGAUGCUAGUUUGUACAGUAUAUAUAUUCGUUGUUAUUAUUAAUACAAAUGGUAUCAUAGGAUAAAGAAAAUACCCCAAGAAGAGCAAAGAGUUGGUUUGCUCAGAGAAAAGAAGGAGAUCCUUAUGAUGCAGACUCUGAACCUGAACAUGGAGCUAUCCCUCUAACAGCAAUGACCAUUGAUCAGAACAUUCCUCUGGAUAAACAACUCUUCCAUUCUAGGCUGUCACCAGUACAUACAGAUCAUUCUACACCAAGCAUAGCACCAAACUGUGGUUACCAAACCUCGGAUUGUUAUGGAUUUGAUGACAUGCCUUCACCACUUCCUUUUUCUCCAGUGGGACAACCUGUUUUGCCACCUAGUUUUGUCCCCAGCUCUCCUGGAUCUGUUUCUGUUACAUCAUCUAUUACGUCAAUAUCUCCUGGAAAAAGGAAAGCUGAUCCUCGUAUUUUUGAUGUGCCAAUCGAGAGACCAAGCAAGAAAAUGAAGAAAAAGAAAACCAAAUUGUUGGUGAGUAUUUUGUUGAUAAUAAGUAAUAUUAUUGGAGACCCAACAAGGCAAAUGUCAGUCAGGUGACAGACUGGCAGUGACAUGACUUUGUGAUAUUGAUGAAUCAAUGACGAUUUUCCAUGUUCUGUACUCUUAUCGACACCAUUGCAUAAUUUCCAUGGUCCUAACUCCUAUCAAACAUAGCUCUCAGCCAGUAAGGGCAUGAGAAAUUGCUCAGUUAUUGUAAAAUCUGCAUUUGACGUGGCAAGUGGCUCAUCAGGCUAGCGCUUAUGUUGACUUUGGUUUUCCAAAGCAGAAAAGAACAAGGGAUAUUUCUACUUUCCCCUGGAUGGAAUGCUAAUCCAUCACAGGGUUACCCUCCAGAAUUUGAUUCACCAGUAUACACCUGGGUGGAAGAAGGAAUUGUGAGAGUGAAGUGUCUUGCCUAAUAGCACAACAUACAUGUAGUACCUCGGCUACAGCUUGAACCUGGACCUCUUGUUCCAGAGUCCUGUGCACUAGCCAUUAUGCCACUGUUUCUCCACUUGUUAUGUUAUCAAAAAGCUUUCACAAAUACUAGUAGUUUCGCUCCCAUCUGGUUUCCCAGAGUUUACAGUCUUAUUUGUAACAUGCAGAAUAGCUGGUGGUGAAAAAUCUACAAACCUCUAGGAAACCAAGUAUUAAGCAGCUACAUUUUCAUCCUAAAUAUUGUUGGGGUCAUCAGGCAAAUUUCAUCAUCAAAUCAUUUUCCUUAGUUACUGAAUUGCUGUCCCCUCUAAGCAAACAUCUCCAGGUAAUGAGAGUUUGUUUGGUCAAGUUCAGCCCCCCUUUUUUUCUUUGCAUGAUUUACAGCUUUGCUUCAAAGUCAAGAUAUCUUAUUUGGUUCGUUUUCAGGAUACAGAAGAUGAAGACUGGGUAUAUGAGUUGAAAGCACAGUUUCAAGAAGUAGAAAUGGUUGAUCUUGUUAUUGACUAG